CAACAUACACACACAACACGUCCCUCGCUUCAAUUUGUCGCGACUGCACUUGGUCGUUGUCUUAGCCUACCGUUCACCUGUUGACCUUUUUUGCCGUCGCUCUUGAGGCUUUUGGAGUCAGAGAAGAUUCGUCAGCGGCUGACGUCUUCGAGCCUGGUCAGGACUACAUUUUGGCUGCUCCUGUGAACUGCGACUAGUACCUCUAAAUUCACCAUAUCUCCGAUUCGAUAACGCUCACUCUACUUCCCGCCCCAUGUCGAUGCAAGACCUGUCUGCACAGCAGCUCAAACAGACGAUAGACCAACUUCAUGUCGCCGCCAAUGCCACCGGGAACUCCGCUGCAUAUCAGAAAAACCUCCUGAACUGGUCUACGUCGACGGCGACUCCCCGAGGAGGCGGCACCGGCCGAACGACACGCUCACGAAACACGCCCCGUGCCACACCAGCAGCAUCUACUCCCGUGCCCCAACCCGCGCCCGUCAUUUACCCACAGCAAGCCAUCCCUCCUCCAGUAUUCGUUCCGGUCGGACCCCCCAAUCCACCUGCCAACCCGAUCCCUGUUGCUGCGCAGGGGUACUACACGACGUACCCUUCGCGCAUGCGCACCGGCGUGUCGCUGCUCAUGCAGCCCAUCAUCUCCCACGUCCAAGCCACCACAUCGCGCUCCUCGCGGCGGGCGGUCAAUUACGUCGACCCCGGGUCCGGCGACGACCUGCCGGAUGCAGGCGCCCUCGAUUCGGAUGACUCGGAAUUCCAAAAUGAGCUCAGGGCGCCGGCAGGUGCUCGGCAACGCGCAGCGGUGACGAAAUCGCGCAUGGCCCCGGGGAUGUCCGUCUUUAACUCCAAUACUGGAGUCACGGCACCCGUGACAGCCCCCACGGUUCCUCUGCGACCAGAAAAGACGGAAUUGGACCAGAGCUAUCUCGGGCUGACUCCACCCGCGCGUUUCGUGCAGACGAAAGUAGCGACGCCGGCUCUCAAGGAGGGAUUCCAUGUUUUCCCCACGCAGGAUAAGAUUGACACGCAGGCAGUCGUUCGUUCAGCCCUUGUUCCGAUACGCGUCGAGUUUGAGACGGACACACAUCGAAUCCGUGAUUGUUUUGUUUGGAAUCUCAAUGAAGAUCUCAUCCGGCCGGAAAAUUUCGCCGCCAUCUUUUGUGCAGACUUGGAUCUGCCUACGACGUGGGUCGAGACAGUGACAAACCAAAUACGGGCGCAACUCGAGGAGCACGAGGCAAUAGCGCGACUAGAGUUGUCCAGUGAAGAGUUGGAUCAAGACGAGCCUGCGGCUGAAUGCCGCGUCAUUCUCAGUAUUGAUGUCCAGAUUGCCACACAUCAUCUAUUGGACCACAUCGAGUGGGAUUUGCUUUCGCCACUGACACCAGAGGACUUCUCACAAACCCUGUGCCGAGAGCUUGGACUCGCCGGAGAAGCUGUACCUCUGAUAGCCCAUGCAAUACACGAAGAGCUCAUCAAGCAUAAGAAGGAUGCAGUCGAGUGGGGUGUCGUCGACGGGGGCGGCAUGCGGGAUAAGACAGGACUGGGGAUGAGCUCGGGAUCUCGCGGACGAGGUCCCAAGCCCUUGGAAAGCGUUUGGCGGGACUGGCAGGAGGCGGACGAGUUCCGGACACGAUUUGAGAUCCUGUCCGCUGACGAGGUGGAGCGCAGGGAGAUUGAGAGAGAGCGUGCCAGCCGACGACUACGGAGAGAAACGUCCAAGUUCCAGAGCUCACGGAGACGGCGGUUCUGAAUUGUCGUUCCGUCGGCGGCCGUCUUAUAUCCGGCAAGGCUUUCCCGGUGCCGAAAUAUACGUUCGUUGUGUAUCACGGAGAUUGUGAUACUAUUGCCCACGCUGACUCGCCGGCUCACAUGGUUUUGUGAGAAAUAUCACGCGAACCCUUAUAUGGCCGCCGAUCCGUCAGUCUUCUUCGUACUUCCCUUCCCACAUCUGGCAAUGUUUCGCCUCCAACUGUACAAAUCUACCCGCGCGCGGAUUAGGAGAUAGCUCCCGGGCGUUCUGCCAGGCUGGGUCUAUGUAGCAACGCAUACGGCCGUGCCGCUUGCGCGCUGUGAAAGCCUUGCAGAGCACGUAGAGCAGCGUCUACUAUGUCAAGAAGCCAGCGCCAAUCCUGACGUUCCCUCAUGAUCAUCUUUCCACCUGACGAGUUGCAUGAGAUUCCAAGGUGUGCACUGGGCUAUAAUUGGGGGGCGUCGUCUGGUGAAUUUCUACCUCCGCUCCUGCCCUCGAUGUCCACUGCCCUCGAGGUAUCCGAGGCGGAGCUCGUCGCUACUAUCCUCCUCCUGCGCUACAUAAGUGUCUUUUCGCUUGCGGUGCUGCUAUACGACCACAUUUUGACCUUUUCGGAGGAGGUGCGCUCGAUAUGGCAGAAUCGCAUUACUAGCUGGCCAUCCAAGGCCGCGUUUUGGGUGAAUCGGUACAUGACCGAGGUGGUCAUGAUAAGUUCUAUCAGCGUGUUCAGCGGCGAUUCUGGCUCUCGUUUGAACGAUACUGUGAGUCACCGCGCUCUUGACGACGGUCCACGGCCUGACACGAUAUCCGCCACCCAGCGCUGCCAGUCGUUUCUGUGGUUUUUCGGCGCGACCAUGAUGAUAUUCGCGAUUGCGUCCCACGCGGUCAUCAUUAUCAGGAUGCACUCGCUGUGGGACGACCGGCGGAUUGUCGCGCUGCUUCUCGUGGGCACGUUCUUCGUGUUCAUAUCGACGACCGCCGCGACGGGCAUCAACUGCGUCCUGAUACUACAGGAGACGUUCAAGGCGUCGCCGAUCUUCAAGAUGUGUCUGCUGACGUCGAGCACCCGGUGGCUGCCUGCUACGUUCGGGAUCCAGUCGGGCCUCGACAUCGUCAUCAUGGUUUUCAUGGUCUACAGCGCGUUGGAGCGCCCCCACCGCACCAAUAGCGAAGUCAUCGUCUCGCUCCAGACGGACGGUGUGCGGUACCUCGUCGUCCUCUUCAUCUUGAGAACGCUCUACCUCGUCAGUUCCCUGGCCUGGAAUCCUGGCCAAUGCGUCGCAACUGUCCUCGCGUGUUGGAGUCUCAACUCCGUUAUCACGACCAGGUUGCACAUGCGGUUGGAUGCGCUCCAGUUGCCCGGGGAGGGAGACCAGAACGGGCUGUUGCUGGACGAUAUCGUCUCGCCGAAUACCCCCGCGAACUCGUCCUGGUGGGGAGUUUGAAGCGCAUUUCCUUUUGUCUUGUGUGGUCUUGUCUUGUAACAGGUUUGCUUGUUGGAGGCGCGAUGGCCGUCGUCGCUGUUAUAUGUAGAUUAUGUGGUGCUUUUCCUUGUAACGGGUUUAUAAGUACUUGUUGUUUGCUGGCUGAUCGCUACCAUCCUUAUAUGUAACUCAUGUUGUUCGCCUUUUGGCGC